ACGAAAUCACGGGACACGCAAUCGCUGUUGGACGCGGGAAGGCCUUUUAGCGUCUAGUGCACUAACGAACAGCCCUGUAAUUUUGCGGAGUUAAUGCUAGCAGUCCCCUGCAGUCUGGACAGCAAGGGUCUUUGGUGGGGUAGGUCCCGGCAGGCAAUCUUUGAUCGAUUCCGAAAUUUUGAAUCUGAACUUUUGACUUUGGCGUUUUCCUGCCUCGUCUCCAUCUAUCUCCAUUCUUCCCUACCUUUGCUGCCGACCACCACAAUCGCGAAUCGCAAGGUGCUACCCCCGUGCUGGACACGAACAUCUGCAACAACGUCGAGAAACAUAUAAUAAGAGACCACAAUCGCUAUAUCCUAACCCGGUGAAACCGGACCACCGCCACCAUGUCGUCGACAACCAUGCUUCCCUUCCUCUACCAGACUAGGACGAUCCAACGCCUGUCCCGCACUGGUCUCAAGACAACAGCCCUUCGCGCCUAUUACAGAUCCGAGUCCAACCUUGAUUCUCGCUCACCUCCAUCUCGUGUCCGAAGAGUAGCCCCAUCGAUGCUCAGCAGAGAUCCUAUCCCCUUCGACCUCCCAAGUCAACAAUUCGAGAAGCCCAAGCGGAAAUGGCAACCAGAAGACCUCGGCGAGGGACAAAAAACAACCUUGACCCCCACAGAGCGCUACGCCUUCGACACCAUCUUUCAGGACAUCGUCAAGAAGAACAAGACUACAGAAGACGACCCGUUGGAGAUCAGCGUCAAAGACCCCGACCCCGAAGCCGCCCACAACACCGUCAAGAUUCUACUCCAGGACGCCGCCGCGGCCUACACCAAGGAAUGGCGACCUGUCCAGCGCCCCUUCGACCCCCUUUCACCCGUUGAACAGACACAACGCGCCGUCGACCGUGACAGCGCCCUCCUGCGUUUUCCUCCAAGUUUGCGACAGGCCGCGCGCAUGGCCCUCGGUAUCCUUGAAGCAGACAAGGGAACCGGGAGAUCGUCGAUCCUCGACAACGCCCGAACCGCCGAACAAACGCAAGAACAACUCCCCGCCGAUCCCCUCAGCAAGCAAGUCGCCGAGGAGGCUAUGAGACGCGAGGAACGCACCCGAGUCGAGUCCAAGAUGAGAGCUGCCACCUCCGACUUCCAGCUGUGGGACAUUCUGGAAGAGGAGGUCUUCUCCAUGGUUAAGAAGCUGGGUAUCGCCGACCGGUCCGGGGUGUCCAAGGCGCCUGUGAAGAAGACGGGACGCAAAACCAAGGAGGUGCAAGAAGAUGGAGACUACGAGUACGGCUACGAGUUCGAACCAGGCCAGGAGAGAAUCUCCAUGCACCUCUACGGCCCUCUAUACCCCGCCUACCUCCUCUACGGCCUGCGCCUCAUGGACACUUCGUUCUCCCGCUCCUCGCCGUUGGCGCUGAACAUCCUCCCACGCAUCAAGGAGCUCGGCUUAGCCAGCUACGUCCUCGGCGCCAGCACGCCGUUUUACAACCUCCUGGUCCACAUCCAUUGGCACCGCUAUGGCGACGCAGAGGCUGUGUUCAACCUGCUAGAGGAGAUGCGUUUUGCUGGUCUGUACGCCAACGAGGACUCGCUGGCUGUUGUUCACAGCAUCGAGACGCACUUCUUGAGGUCGGAUAGGGGCCAGAUGGGCCCGUUCAUGGAGGAGUUGGUGAGCUUGCCCGAGUACGAAUUUGCGAUCAAGCCAAGAAUUCGUCAUUGGUCCACUACGAUUGGUAUUCACAUCCAGGAGAGGCAGCGGCAUCUCAAGCUUUGAGCUCCACGAUGGUUGUGUGGUUUUGAAGUUGCGCAGUUGGAAGCAGCGGGCCCGGCCAGUCGCGCAGGAGUUCGAAGAAUCUUCAAGCAUACCCCAUG